AUGGCCUUGUCCCAACUCUUUAACGUGCUGGUGUGUGUGUGUGUGUGUGUGUCUCCUGUCAGGUGUGGUUCAGACUCUGUCACUCACUGGGAGCCGUACUGGAGAAUCAGCCGUGAUGUUUGCCCAAACCACUGCGUUACGGACUCGGCUCCUAGGUCUGCUCCUCAGGACCCGGUCCAGCUGGCCGUGGUGGCCUGUGGCUCCAGACUGGAGGAAACACUCGUCAUGCUGAAAUCUGCUGUCCUCUUCAGCCACAGACACUUGUGCUUUCACAUCUUCUCAGAAGACCACCUCCACGCCGGAUUCAGACAGGAGCUGGAGUCGUGGCCGCAGAGGUUUCGCUCGACGUUCAGCUACAGCGUUUAUCCCAUAGUCUUCCCCAGUGAGAACGCCAGAGAGUGGAAGAGACUGUUCAAACCCUGCGCUUCUCAGAGACUCUUCCUCCCCCUGCUUCUGAAGCAGGUGGACUCUGUGCUGUACGUGGACACAGAUGUGCUGUUCCUGCGGCCGCUGGAGGACGUCUGGAGCUUUCUGUCCCGGUUCAACAGCAGUCAGGUGGCAGCCAUGUCCCCGGAGCACGAGGAGCCACGCAUCGGCUGGUACAACCGCUUCGCUCGACACCCGUACUACGGCCAGACCGGCGUCAACUCAGGAGUCAUGCUCAUGAACAUGACCCGCAUCCGACACAGACUCUUCAAGGUACAGUCCUCCGGGAUACACACGCAUGAGGACACACACCAUACACAUGCUUUUCUCCUGAAGUGUGUGUAUUUCAGCUCUGCAUCUGUGAACCUGUUAACACCAGAUGGAUAUUUCGGCUCAGCUGAUAGUUAUCCCAUCUGAGACUGUCUUUAAUGGACACGGAGGAGUUAAAGAAAAUAUUAUAAAAUAUUGAAGACAUGAUGGCCGGUGUAUAUUACAUUU